CGCACCAAUGAGCUCUCUCUGGAGAGAGAGAAACGGAGGCAUGCAAGCACUUGCCUCUCCCUCUCUUUGGCCCUGCUGCGAACAUUUGCAGGGCACAAAAAGGUACUGGAGAGCACGGGCAAACAAUUCAGUCUUCGCUCUCUACUCUCCUUGGAGGCCCACAUUGCGGUGGGCGAGAGCGCUUAGCAACUUCCUUCACUCAUCCUCUCCCUCUCCACUUUCUGCUGUUGGCGAGAGCACUUAUCCUCUCAACAAGCCAUUCUCCGGUGAUGACGAGGAAGAUGAUGAAGCUGCUGAAGAAUAUGAUGAAGCUGCUGAAGAAUAUAAGGCAAUCUACAAUGAUGAUGAAGUGUUAACCAGGGCUUCUGAAGAAGAAGAUGAUGAUGAUGAGGAGGAGGAGUUGGAAGGAGAAGAUGAUUUUGAUGUCAAGGAAGAUGAGGAAGUCUCCGGGUUUGUCUCCAAAUCUCCAUUGUCAAGAUUUGGAGAGCACAAGUGGCAGAGAGUCGAGAAGCUGCGUUCUAGAGCUCGGGAAUUCGGGGCGGAUAUCAUUGAUUUGGAGGAUAUCAUCUCCAUCUAUGACUUUCCAAUUGAUAAGUUUCAGUGCUUAGCUAUUCAAGCAUUCUUGAGGGGCUCUUCAGUUGUAGUAUCUGCACCAACAAGUAGUGGAAAGACUUUGAUAGCAGAAGCUGCAGCAACUGCUACUGUAACAAAGGGAAGGCGGCUGUUGUACACUACUCCUUUGAAAGCUCUAUCGAACCAAAAAUUCCGAGAGUUCCGGGAAACAUUUGGUGAAAGCAGUGUUGGCCUUCUCACUGGUGAUUCUGUAAUAAAUAAAGAUUCUCAAAUUUUAAUUAUGACUACAGAGAUUCUUCGCAAUAUGUUAUACCAAAGUGUUGGCAUGAUCGCGGAGGGAAGUAGAUUAUUCCAAGUUGAUGUGAUUGUGUUGGAUGAAGUGCACUAUCUUAGUGACAUUUCUCGUGGCACUGUUUGGGAGGAGAUAGUGAUUUAUUGCCCGAAAGAGGUUCAGCUUAUAUGCCUUUCUGCAACAGUUGCAAACCCUGAAGAGCUAGCUGGUUGGAUUGGGCAGAUUCAUGGUCCUACAGAGUUGAUAACGUCGACCAAGCGACCUGUUCCCUUGAAUUGGCAUUUCUCUUUGAAGAAUUCCUUGUUACCACUUCUUGAUGAGAAAGGAACGAAGAUGAACAAGAAGCUCUCACUUGCUCAUCUACAACGCUAUGCUUUGGGAGCCAUGUCCUAUCGGGAGGAAGGUUUGGGAAGGCGGAAAGCUAGAAAGGGUGAGAGAGAGCGAAGCUAUGGUACCAUCCCCACUGACUUUGGUGAAUCAUCAUUAUCAGAGAAUGACAUAAAUAUAAUACGUCGCUCACAAGUUCCUCAGGUGAGAGACACAUUGAGGCAUCUCAGGGCAAGGGACAUGCUUCCAGCUAUUUGGUUUAUUUUUAGCCGGAAAGGAUGUGAUGCAGCUGUUCAAUACCUUGAGGAAUGUAUGCUAUUGGAUGAUUGUGAAAUGGAUGAAGUUGGAUUGGCUUUGAAGAAGUUUCGUACCCAGUACCCAGAUGCGAUUAGAGAAGUGGCUGUCAGAGGCCUUAUGCGAGGGGUUGCAGCUCAUCAUGCCGGUUGCUUGCCUCUAUGGAAAUCAUUUAUUGAAGAGCUUUUCCAGAGGGGCCUUAUCAAGGUUGUGUUUGCUACAGAGACUCUAGCAGCUGGAAUCAAUAUGCCAGCAAGAACAGCUGUUAUUGCAUCCCUGAGUAAAAAGAUUGAUACUGGACGCAUCCUCUUAAGUUCAAAUGAGCUGUUGCAAAUGGCUGGUCGAGCUGGUCGUCGUGGUAUUGACAAACAGGGCCAUGUUGUUCUUAUCCAGACCCCAUUUGAAGGAGUCGAAGAAUGCUGCAAGCUUCUCUUUGCUGGUCCAGAACCUCUUGUGUCGCAAUUUACUGCUUCAUAUGGGAUGGUGUUGAAUCUUUUGGCAGGUGCCAAUGUUACUCGCGGAUCCAAAGAAGCAGAUGUUCUGAAGGUUUUUCGUGCAGGAAGAACACUAGAAGAAGCUCGGCAAUUAGUGGAACAAAGCUUUGGUAACUAUGUUGGGAGUAAUGUCAUGGUGGCUGCAAAAGAAGAGCUUAGCAGGAUAGAAGGGGAAAUUGAAAUGCUAACUGUAGAAGUUAGCGAUGAAGCUGUUGACAGAAAAAGUAGGGAAAAAUUGCUUGGGUCAUCAUACAAUGAGAUAAUUAAACUGCAGGAAGAACUAAGGGCACAAAAACGACUCCGGACUCAAUUGCGGAAAAGAAUGGAACUUGAAAGAGUGCAAGCCUUGAAGCCACUUUUGGCUGAACUGGAAAGCGGGCAGUUACCCUUUAUAUGUUUACAAUAUAAAGAUAAUGAUGCUGUCCAUCACCUCAUUCCUGCUGUGUACUUGGGAAAGAUCGAUUCAGUCUCUUCUACCAAAUAUUUGAUUAGUGGAGAUGGUGUCCUUGAUAUUGCAGAUGCAGAGUUGGAUUUGAGUGAUGACGAUGACUUUCAAGGAACAAAUGUUGUUGAACCUUCACAUUAUGUGGCUCUUGGUUCAGAUAAUUCUUCGUAUAUGUUCACUGAGAAUUGGAUUAAGGCCAUAUACACAGCAGGCUUACCUGACAAUCCGUUGUCUCAAGGUGAUGCAUCGCCUAGGGAAAUCAUGAGGGGACUUCUUGAGAAAGAAGGAUUACAAUGGGAAAAGCUUGCGAAGUCAGCAUUUGGUUCUUUAUGGUCUAUGGAAGGCUCCCUUGAGACAUGGUCAUGGAGUUUAAAUGUGCCAGUUUUAAGUAGCCUUUCAGAAGAUGAUGAGGUUCUGAAGCUGUCAGAAGUGUAUCAUGAGGCUGUGGAGAGUUACAAGGACCAGAGAACUAAAGUUUCGAAGUUAAGGAAACAAAUCUCCAGAACAAAAGGCUUUGCUGAAUUUAAAAAGAUCAUGGACACAGCCAACCUUACCAAGGAAAAGAUUAAGCGGUUGAAAGCUAGAUCUAUUCGUUUAGUCAACCGGAUUGAACAGAUUGAACCAUCAGGUUGGAAGGAGUUUUUACAGGUAAGCAAUGUCAUACAUGAAGCAAGGGCUAUGGACAUUAAUACACAAUUGUUGUUUCCCCUUGGUGAAACUGCAUCCGCAAUCCGUGGAGAAAAUGAACUCUGGCUCGCAAUGGUUCUUCGUAAUAAAAUUUUCUUGGACCUGAGGCCAGCACAGCUUGCUGCUGUUUGUGGAAGUUUAGUUUCGGAAGGCAUUAAAGUGCGUUAUUGGAAAAGUCAUAGCCAUAUCUAUGAGCCAUCAUCUAUUGUCACCGGCACUAUUGAUUAUUUAGAGGAGCAAAGAAGAUCCCUUUUGCGGAUCCAAGCCAAACAUGGAGUGGAGAUUCCUUGUGAAUUGGAUGAUCAGUUUUCUGGAAUGGUUGAGGCAUGGGCAUCUGGCUUAACUUGGAGGGAAAUAAUGAUGGACUGUGCAAUGGAUGAUGGAGAUCUUGCCCGCCUCCUACGGCGUACAAUUGAUAUACUCUCUCAAAUUCCAAAAUUGCCAGAUAUCGACCCAUCACUUCAGAACAAUGCAAUUCUAGCAUCCAAUUUAAUGGACAGAGUACCCAUCAAUGAGCUUGCAGGAUGAAUUAUUUUGUAACAUCCAUAGUUCCCAUUUGGAAGGCACAGAGAUCUACUGUGUGAAGUCUGGUGGUAAUUCAGUCCUUGCACUAUUUUCAUUGGGUUUAGUUUCCAUCCAAACACAUAUAACAUGGGCUGUGAGGUCCUGGGUGACGGUUCUCUGAUUACUACUAGACAAUGGUGCUUCACGAGUUAAACCUUGUAUUAUGACCUGCACAACUUGGGACUUCAGAUGACAGGAGUUUCAUAUUCGAUUCAUCCCUUGUCUUAUAUCUUGUCCAAUGUAGUAUGUAAUGUUACUGUUAUAAUUGCCUAAUUUGUAUUCCAUUCUCAUAUGUGGUUUAUCAAUCAUAAAUUUUAGUCUACAACAUUUUCUC